AUGAACAGAUACGAUCGUGCUAUCACCAUUUUCUCUCCAGAUGGACACUUGUUCCAAGUCGAAUAUGCCCAAGAAGCUGUCAAAAAGGGAUCAACAGCCGUAAGCAUUUUUAUAUCAAAACAUUGACAUUCAUCAUUUGAUUAGAACUUUUGAUAGACAAGUAAAUUAGUUGAGUAUUCGUACUGAUUUAUGAAUCUCAAAUUUAAUCGGGUGAAAAAGGAAUAUGCUUGUAAUAGCUGAUAUUUAUUGUAUUUCAUUUAGGUUGGUGUCCGAGGAAAAGAUUGCAUUGUGAUUGGUGUUGAAAAGAAAUCAAUUCCAACACUUCAAGAUGACAGAACCAUUCGUAAAAUCCACAUGAUUGAUGAUCAUGUUAUGCUUGCCUUUGCCGGUUUGUCUGCAGAUGCUCGUGUUUUAGUCGAUCGCGCUCGAAUUGAAUGUCAAUCUUACAAGUUGACUCUCGAGGAUCCAGUUACAGUUGCCUAUAUCUCUCGCUACAUCGCCAACACUAAGCAGGUAAUGCAUCGUCCAAAGUGAAAAAAAAAUGCGAAAAAUCAAAAAAAAAACGUCCAAACUGACGCAUUUUUUUUCGCAGAAAUCGCAUUUUUUCGAGCACUUUUUUCGCGUUUUCUGGUGUUUUUCGAGCCAAAAUGGACAGAAAUUGAAAGAAUUUGUUUGAAAUGGUGUUUUUAUUGAUACUGGAGGAAAAAUCAGCGGUGAAACAUAAAAAAUGAGUUUGUCGAAAAAAUUUCGAAAAAGUUGAAAAAAUUUGAAAUUUUCAAAAUCGUUUUUUUUUCAUGUUUCACCAUUGAUUUUUCCUCCAGUAUCAAUAAAAACACCAUUUCAGACAAAUUCGUUCAAUUUCUGUCCAUUUUGGCUCGAAAAACACCAGAAAACGCGAAAAAGUGCUCGAAAAAAUGCGAUUUCUGCGAAAAAAUGCGUCAGUUUGGACGUUUUUUUUUUGAUUUUUCGCAUUUUUUUUUCACUUUGGACGAUGCAUAAAUUAAUCGUUUGAACUUUUUUCGCCAAAUAUACGUUGUUCAGAGAUUCACUCAAUCACCGGGACGUCGACCAUUCGGAAUAUCAAUGUUGAUUGGAGGAUUUGAUUUCGAUGGUACUCCACGACUUUUCAAGACAGAACCAUCCGGAGCUUAUUAUGAAUAUUUGGCAAACUCAACUGGCCGUGGUGAGAAACCAGUUCGUGAAUAUUUAGAGGAACACUAUGGAGAUGAGACAAUUGCUGAUGAACAAUCAACACUCAAAUUGGUUGUUAAAUCAUUAGCUCAGGUAUUUAUUUUUGAAUUAAAAUUUUUGCAUUAAAUGGUCCGGUAACCCAGAAAUAAACAUGGCCCAAAAUGAAAGAUAUUCAUUUCAAGAUUGUUCGAAUUUAUAUAAAACGUUGCGAAAAAACUUUCUAGAUUUUAUAAAAUCCGAGGAAAAAACUAGAGAAAUGGAGGGGCUAGGAAAUUUCUAGUCCCUAAUUGUAAGAUAUUUUUCAAAGUCCCUCCAUUUCUCUAGUUUUUUCCUCGGAUUUUAUAAAAUCUAGAAAGUUUUUUCGCAACGUUUUAUAUAGAUUCGGACAAUAUAGAGUUGAAUAUAUUUCAUUUUAGACUAUAUUUAUUUCUGGGUUGCCCGACCAUUUAACUUAAUUAUUGUUUUUCAGGUCGUCCAAUCUGGCUCUCAAAAUAUUGAAAUCGCAGUCAUGAAAAGAGUUAAUGUAAGUUCAUAAAAUUGUAGGGUAUAUAUCUUUCUCCUUCAAUAAAUCUUCAAAAAAGAAAGAAUAACCUCACAAAUAAAAACUAUUACUUUUCAGAAUGAAAUUCAACAACGCGUUCUUUCUGUUGAAGAAGUAGACGAACUUCUCAAAGUUGUUGAAGCCGAAAGAAUUGCAGCAGAAGCCGAAGAAGCUGCAUCUAAAAAGAAAUAA